AUGGCAGAUAACGUCGGCCUCACAACCCCACGAGGCAGCGGAACGUCAGGUUACGUGCAGAAGAACCGCUCUCUUCUUCGCCCACGUGACAAGAUCGCACCCUAUCCCAAGGAUCACAACGACUCUGCAAGACACCGACCCCGACAACCAGAUGCCGAGAUUUUGGAGCACGAGGCGAAGCGCGAAAUUGAAGUCAAGGUGUUUGAGCUGCGCGACAAGCUAGAAGAUCAAGGUGUCGACGAAGACGAGAUCGACGACCAAUGCGAGGCCCUUCGACGGAAACUCGAACAAGAGCGCAAACAAGGCAAAGACAUGGGACCUAAUGCGAAGAGGCUCAAGUCCCAUCAGGUGCAUGAUUUGGCAAAGGCAAAGGCUGAAGAAAGUGAGCGGCUAAGGAAGGCGCUGGGCAUCAGUGCAGACUACGAGGAAGGUAGUCAUUGGAAGAAACAGGAAGAGCGAAUGCGCGAGAGCCUGGUUAAGAGGGGACUCGAAGAUGAUGAAAGGACAGAGCGAGCGAGGGAAGCACGAAGGUACAAAGAGGACGAGGAUGGCGAGGAUUGA